AUGAAUUUAAAGAAACUUGAACGUAUUUCGCCACCAGUGGAUCGAUUCUGGAGGCGAAAGAGAACCCAAACGUGGCCGAAUGUUCCGUUAUCGGAACUGAGUAAAUUAAAGGGAUGGAAUCUGCUAGCGACGAUUCCCGAAAGCGAUGCAGUAAAAUCUUCGGAAAAGAGUUCGGGGCGACGAGCUCGCGCCAAAACUGUUUCAGACCUCCGAGUGCGUAUUCAAGAUGAGCAACUGAGAAAGAUUAUCUUGGAAGUGCUUACGUCGUAUUUGUCACAAUUUUCAGAAUAUAAUCAUAUUCUUUUCGGACGGCUUGGCCCCUUGCUAAGUGAAUUGAUAAAAGUUCGUGUCGAGGAGUGCAUUGAGGAACGAUGUAAAAUAGUCUCACAGGUUUAUAUCGGAGCUGUUGUUGGUGAAGGAAUAGACGCGGCAACACAAUGUCUAUGGACGCCACAUUGUGAUAAAUAUGCCACGGCUAGUUAUGGUACUCAGUUUUUAUUUGCUGUGGGAAUCGUGUUCGUUGUACAAUUAUAA